GGGGGGUGUCGCCCGAUUUUGCUAUGCUUCUGCUUGCAAAAAUAUGUCGACAUAUUUUCGAGGAAAGAAGAAAAGAAAGUCAGACAAAGUGGUUGCCUCAAGUUCUGAAUGGGAAGAGUUCGAUCUAAGUUUGUUUCAGACCAAAAUACAAAGCGACAAAUAUGAAGAGAAGAAAAUGCACAACCGCAGGGUGGCUCCUGGAAGACCAUUGACGUCUGAUGCUUACACUCAUUUCCAAAAUUAAGGGUUCUUUAGAGCAUUUGUGGAGCAAGAUUGGCAAAAGGUCAUAUCCCUAAAUGUACCAUACUACCUAAAAAUGGCACAAUACUUCUACAACAACAUCGUCUAUCAGCGUUCUACAGAUGAAUCUAUUCAUUCUUUUAAAUGAUAUGUAAAUGGGGUAGAGAUGCAUAUCACCAAAAAGGUGUUAGGCAGAAGUACUGGAGAUUCCAAACCA